AUGCGCGGGAAUAGCCAUUGUCUCUUCCACAAAGAAGAUCGCAUUCACGAAGAAGACUGGCACGCUUAUUUGAUUUGAUAACUCAAGCGUGAGACAUCUGUUGUGAAGUUUGUCAGCCUAAUACGAUGACCCGAAUAAAGUAUGCGAAUGAGGUCGAAAUAAUUGAGACCAGACAUAUAUUACGGAUGAGAACUGCGAUCGCGAGGAUAUGAAUGGAGACGACUGAGAAGCUGAUACGGAGGUGCAGAUCCCUUCGCCAUUAAACAAGGGCAAGAAUCAACAUAAAUAUGCUGCAAGAAUCCUCAGGUUUGUUUCUAGCAUUGGGGAACUGGCGCCCUACCGAAAGGCAGCUGAGCUUGGGCGAGAUGUGCUUCUCACUGGAGAUAUUGAAUAUGGACGAGGACAAGGGCUAAGCAGCCAAAAAGGUUAUGGGAAUCAGAGACAGACAAAUCAGAUGAAGAAGCAGUUUUGUCAUCCAGGCAACAGCACAAGAAGAAGGCCACAAGAAAUGCCGUCAAUGAAGAGGCUAAGAAUCAGCUUAUGGCAAAAGUUGCCCUUAAGCGCAGGAUGAUGCUCAUGAUCUGCAGGUACAGCAUUUGAGAGCAGAGAAUCAGACUCUGAAAAAUGUCUUGGCUGUCGUGAAUGGUACGUGUAGAUUUUUUAUAUUUGGAAAAUGAACAAAACUGAUCAAAGGAUAAUAAGAUUAUAUGAUAAAAUAUGAUUAUAAAGGUUGGUCAUUCAUCCAGGAAAGAACAAUCGUAAUAAAAUAAAUCUGGACAGCUGGAUAUGUGAUUCAAAUGACUGACGUUGCAGCACCUACCUGGUGCCUUUGCCUUUGACAGAGUGGUUUAUGAUGCUACAACUCAUGGAUAGAUUGUCUUUAAUUUUGUGGCAAGAGGUUAAUCAGCUUGUGAGCAAGGGAUCGGACCAUGAAGGGAGGCAAGAAUGGCCUACUGUACCCGCCCUCCAGAUGCCAACUCCAUUUAGGAACAGCUCAUUCCCACCCGGGACCCCAGCUCUUCAGACGACAUCUGUAAGGUCCCCACAAGGCUGCUGUGCGUCCCUCCUCCAAGAACAAACGCUGCAUUCAUCCCCUGCAGACUGCUCUCCCUGCUUGCAGACUUUUGCAAAGCAGUCCGGCCAACAAUGAGGAGAGUGUGCGCUGCUUUGUGUGCACGCUGUCUGCAGCUCGCCUUCCUCCUCACUGGAAUCUGUGCGCAGUCCCAGCACAGACCAUCUUUUACAUGCGGGGGGAACCUCACGGGAGAGUCGGGAAUCAUUGGGAGCCAAGGAUACCCAGGAGUUUACCCCCCUAACACUAAAUGUGUGUGGAGGAUCACAGUCCCAGAGGGGAAAGUGGCGGUGCUGUCCUUCCGCUUCCUGGAUCUGGAGAACGACAGCCUGUGUCGCUACGACUACGUGGACGUGUACAGCGGCCACGUCAACGGCCAGCGGCUGGGCCGCUUCUGUGGCACCUUCAAGCCGGGGGCGCUGGUUUCCACGGGCAACAAGAUGACGCUGCAGAUGGUGUCGGAUGCCAACACGGCCGGGAGCGGUUUCCUGUCUGUCUUCUCUGCUGCGCAGCCGCACGAGAGAGGGGAGCAGUACUGUGGCGGCAGACUGGACAAACCUUCUGGAACCUUCACAACCCCCAACUGGCCUGACAGGGACUACCCAGCUGGCGUCACAUGCUCAUGGCACAUCGUGGCGCCGAAGAACCAGAUCAUUGAAGUCAAGUUUGAGAAGUUUGACGUGGAGAGAGACAACUACUGCCGCUACGACCACGUCUCCAUUUUUAAUGGCGCCGAAAUCAACGAUGCCAAGAAGAUUGGGAAAUACUGCGGAGACAGCCCCCCAGCGCCCGUCCUGUCUGAGGGCAACCAGCUCGUCAUCCAGUUUCUGUCUGACCUCAGCCUGACGGCAGACGGCUUCAUCGGCCACUACAAGUUCCGACCCAAGAAGUUCUCCAUCACCACCACGCCGCCCCCCACCACCACGCAGCCUGCCACCAGCAGGCCCAUACCUCUCAAGCACUCAGUGGCUCUGUGUCGGCAGAAAUGCAAAAGACGAGGAACGCUGGAGAGCAACUUUUGCUCCAGCAACUUUGCGAUCACCGGCACGGUCAUCUCGGCCGUGCCGAGAGGAGGCAGCGUGUCGGCCACGGUGUCCAUCAUUAACGUGUACAAAGAAGGCAACCUGGCCAUCCAGCAGGCGGGAAAGACCAUGAGCACCAAGAUCCUCAUCCUGUGUAAGAAGUGUCCCUUCGUCAGACGAGGCUUGAACUACAUCUUCAUGGGCCACGUGGACCAGGACGGCCGCGGGACGGUGGGUCCCCAGCACUUUGUCCUGGCCUUCAAGAGCAAGAACCAGAAGGCACUCGGCACCCUUAAGAACAAACGCUGCUGAGAAGAUCGUGGACCACGGUCUUUAGAUUAGGAACAGAUCUUUUCAUUCCUACCACGGCAUUGUUAGUAAGUAAAACUCUAUAUUUGCAUUUUUCUAUCUUCUGUCAGGUAUGAACGCCUUCCAAAGUCUCACUGUAUUUCACUCAACUGGUGCGCUUGCAUACUUACACUCACUCUUUCCAGUCUUCAUACUGACAAGUAGCACACAAUAAAGGAUGAAAGGUGCGAGGAAUGGAGUAUUGGAUACGUGCACGAGGGUUCAUUUGUUUCUUUAUUACCAAAGCUUUGAUGGAACUCCAUUUUUUUGCAUUGGAAUAUCGUGAACUGCAUUCCUUUUUUUACACCAAAUGAUGCUGCAAACGGUAUUGAAUAAAAAGUUGGAAGCAGAAUGCACGUGUUUCAAAAUGCAGCUGAUCAAAAAAGUCUUUUACUUUAAAAAAAUUCAGUGCAAAAAAUGUUGACGUUUCAAAACGGACAGAUACUGUACAUGUCACCCUGCCCGCGUUGGAGGUCCAACACGGGACCAUCGUAAUGUGAAGCGAGAGUGCUGAACACUUGGCCAAAGGCUGGCAUCUGUCUCAGAGCCGGGCAAUCACGUGACCCGGGUUUUGAAACAUCACAUGUAUUUGCACCAUGAAAACAUAAUUUUUAAUCAUACACAUUUUGCUUACAAAUUUAUAUUCAGUGACAUUUUGCGCAUCGUUGCAUGUGAAAAAACUUCAGUUCACAAAAUCCAAACGCAGUGCGUCAAUUGAGUGUCUAAAAAUAGCUUUGGUAAGAAAGACUCAAAUUAAUUUUCAUAUAAAAAAUGUCCAUUUUUAACAGACAGCUCACUCCUCCCCCUCCAAACCCUGCUGCUAGCUUGAUAUCGAUGUUGUCCUCCGAUUUCAGAUCAACAUUUGCAAUAAAAGUGAGCAUUGUAAUGAUUAGCUUAGAUUGAGCUCCAGAACCCGCCCCUUCUCUCUUCAAUUGCCAUUGUUGCCUUGCGAAACAAUCCAGGUUUCAUCCCUAAAUAAGCCACUUAUUGUUCAACUCAUUGACAGUAUCAAAUGCACAGCUACUCACCACGCAUCAGUGAUAAGAUGGCAUGGGUGUACAACUUUCACUUUUGCGUCUCACGGCGACUAUGGUGCGUUCAAGGACUGGCGAACAAAGUGGGAAUUCUGCAGAAAAACCAUGAUCAGUGAAGCAUAAAGGGACAAACACGUGAAGACGGUGUGUGCUGCACAGUGGAUGAAUGAUGAUCCACUUAUGGUGAAUGAGAUGUUUUCUGCGUGAGAAAAAGGAGACAAAUAUAAAUAUAUAUUUUUUGGACCACAGAUCUCGGCAGUGCAAUGGAAUUAUUUUCUGUCACGCCCUCACUUGGGGACAGAAACGUUUUUGCGACCCCCCAAUUUGAAAUACUGCUCAUAUCUUGAUUUAUUUAUCUGUCCUGCACAGACUGAACUCCAAAGUGAAAGCAGCGAAAUGGAGAGCAGUGAAGCACACAAGCGUAUUAAACUGCAUGCUGAGUACAACAAAUUCAUACAUGUUGGCAGGUCUGCACUGCUAUUGAAAGUCUUUCUUGCCUCUCACCCCCCCACACCCCACUAUUUGAGAAGCCACAGUGCAAUGGACAGUAGCAAGGAGAAGGAGAAGAUAAAUAUUGUGAUUGCCAUGUGUGGUCAUUGUGCAAGGGCACGACAUGGUCACAUGACACACUUGAGUAAUUAAGUACACGGUGUACGUAUUCAAGUGUACUGAUGGAAGUAUUCCAGUUGAGACAGGUGAUGUGUAGAGCGGUAUUUACAACAUGAUUGCCUUUGCUGCGUGCUAUUGAUUUUGAAAGAGAGCAAUCGUGUACGGAAGGAAGACAGUCUGCCAAUAUGAUUGAUGGUGUCAUGGUGUCCCUAAUAAAAGGAGCACAAUGAUGGCAUGUUUGCAUAAAUGUUUAUUGAUGUUCGUGUUAGAAUAUCGUUAGAAAAGCUGGGGGGAGAGUCACUUCCUCUUGGGACACAAACAUGAGAAUAGAAGCAGACGUGUUAGUGGAGCGGCGGCGAGCAAGGGAGGCUUUCUAGCUCCGCGGGUAGAACAUGGCGUAUUUGGAGGUCCGGAAGCCCAGCAGGUCCCUCAUCUCGUUGCGGAACUUGGAGAGGUCUUGUCGCAGGUCGUUGAGGUUCUCCACGGUGGCCUGGUCCGUGCUCUGCAUCUUCUGCCGCGUGGACGUCAGGUAGCGGUGGACCAGGCAGCACAUGAUCUUCUGGUAGUUCUCAUCUCGCUUCUGCUUCAGGUUCUUCCACUCCUGCAGGGGACAGAAGCCGCAGAGAUCAGUGUUUGUAUCUCUGACAUGCACAUCAUGUGCCCACCUUCAGGCUGUUCUGUCUCUUGACCCGGCCUUUGGAUGUGUGCGAGCAGAUCCACUUGCUCAUGCUGGUGAGCAGGUAGCACACGGUCUUGGGGGAGGGCAGGAUGUUGAAGGGGGGCGGCAGCGUGCACUUGUCGUCAAAGUAGCUCAGCCACAGCUUGGCUCGAGCGAACUUCCACUCCUUGUCCUCGUGAUUCUGCCACCAAAGAAGAGCGGGACUCAGCUUCCGUGCGGGUCACCAAGAACGUGGAGAAGGUGAGAAGGUCCACUUACGGCGAUCUGCCUGAAGCUUUUAUGCAGCAUGGCCACCAGCAGCUUGGUGAGAACAAUCACCACCACGAUGUUGUAGGUUCCGAUGAUCAUGGCCCCCACGAAGGAGCGCAGCUCUUCCGUGUAGCUGAUGCGCGUGACGAAAAGCGCCACGUGCGCCAGCGAGAAGAUGUACCAGAAGAGGGCGUAGCAGGUGCCCAUGAAGCUGUGCCGAGGAGGACAAAGACGUCGGUGAAGGCGUCGAUCACAGCGGUCCUCUGACGUACCUGUGGAAGGCGUCGUUGCUCUGCUGCUGACAGAAGAUGCCCUGGCAAUCGCUGGGCGGGUUCUUUUCCGGGUCUUUCUGGUCCUUUCCGUAGAGUUGGGUCAGUCCGAUGGUGAAGGAGAAGAGGACGAGCAGGAAGAGGCCCAAGAACUUUCCAAACUCCUGCAGCAUCUGACCCAUGGAGAUCUGGUGACAAGUUCAUCACAGUCGUUCACUCACAACAACUCCAAACAUUCAUUUUCUACACCAAAGACGCUAAAAGCCAUCCACUCGAUAUGCUACAUAUGCUAGGCUAACACCAAAGCAGUCCAAUAAACCUCGCUUUCAUGCGCAACACUUUUGGUUUCACAGGAUUUCAAAAUGUUUGCUAACAUUGAGCCUCGCUUUUUGAAUAGUGUUGCAGAUCACGACGACGACUUGCUUUGUCCUGCACUGUAUCCUCCCGCAGAACAAAAUGCACUAACUGCAUUUUUUAUUGGCUGCUAAAUAACCCGCCAUGGGGCCACAGAAAGGUGGCUGUGGCUGAAGGUGAGAAACACUAUUCAAUUCCAUCUCACCAACAAUAACUUCCAUCCGUUCCUCAUUUAGGAUUAUUUCACAUUGUUUUAUGCUUGGAAAAUUAAAAUUAUUCUCUAGAAAAAAGGAUUUUGGCUCAACUGGAACAGAAAUGGUUUUACAUUUCCUACGUUUGGGUUUUCGUUGGACAUUUUCUUUCCAUAUUACCAAAAUGUGUGUUUAAAAUGAAGUUUGUUGAAAACUGGUAAAAAAUGUGAUGUUUCAAAACGGACGGAUACGCUACACCUAGGUCAUGUGACUACACACUUUAUACCUGAUUGGCUGGCUCUGAGACACGAUUGACUGCUUCAGUCUUCAUUUCCUGGAAGUGUAUGUAUGAGUUUUGAAACAUCAAAAAAAAUAAAAAUUCGAAAUGUUUAAAAAAAUGUUUUACAACAGAUUUUUUUUAAACACACAUUUGCUUACAAAUGCAUACUCAGUGACAUUUCAUGUUACAGUUGACAAAAUGAAAGCACGCCUCGCUCUUCUCAACCAGCACAGUAACACCACACAUAGAUUGCAGUCCUGUGGGAAACACGGAAUAGAACUCAUUAAUAAUCCAUUUAUUUUAUAUUCACAAUGCGCCGGGGGCCAAUAAAAUGAGCUGCUCGCCAAAAAUAGCCCCCGGGCCGCACUUUGGACACCUUUGGUGUGAUUGAUCUUCAUGAGCGUUUGCAGCUAUAAUUUAUCCCACCCACCCCAACCCCUCUUGUGUGGUCGACGAGGAAAAGUCCCCUCUGCCUCCCUGAGGGAAAACAUGAAAUGUGUGAAAGAAAAAAAAAGGGCAAAAAGGAGAUGCAAUUUUGAGAUGCUGAUGGGCUCAUGAAGGUGAGAAGCUUCUCUGCUGUUGCUCAACAACACCACAAACUGUCUGUUGGAAGCCCAACAUGCCUCACAUGUAAGCUGAGCAGACAAGAAGCUCUCUUCUUCUCUUGGCACCACCCGACAUGCCCGACACGCCUUCACUUGCGCGCUUUCCAACCUCAGCAGGUGAAGAGAAAACCCUGGCGCCCCGUGGGAGGACACGUGGCCGUUUGUCAGCACCACUUAACGACUUUUCCAUUUGGGCCAGACGGUGAUGUCACAGGCAGCCAGACAUCAACAGCGCUAACUAGCUAGCUGGGUAGUUAAUCAGCGUCUGCCUGUUUCACACCCCAACCACAAACAGCCCGAGUUGACGCACACGUUGGCUCACGUCUCUCUGACCUCACCAGCAAUAACAAGACGUCUCGUUUACACAGGUUCACCUCAUAUGACACAGAAGUAAAGCACAUAGAAGACUUUAGUCAUGUUUGGAAAAGCAUAACCUGGGAUAGUCAUAAGACUGUCGCAUGACAAGCACUCCUACUGUAAAUGUUUCCUAUAUGGUGGUGCCUCGGUUAACGUCAUUAAUCUCUUUCCAGAAGGGCCAAUUGAAACCAAAAUGGACUGUAACCAAAGCAAACGUUCCCAUAGAAAAUAAUGUAAAUCCGAUUCAUCCGUUCCAGACACCCAAACACCACAUUUUAUAGACAGUAGUUAUAGUUUUACAUGCAGAAAAUGAUGCAAAAAUAAAGGCAAAUGCACAUUUGACAUCACUUUUGGCUUGUUUUGUUGGACCCCCCCUUUCCCCCAAAACCAUCAAUGAACAAAAUAAGACAACAUAAACACAUUAUUAUGCUGCAAACACAAUUUGCAAAAAUGUCACAAAUACACCAAACUACCUUUUAAUAUAGAACAUUCAAAAACAAAACAACGGCUGGGGCGGUGAUUCGGUGGAAGUGCGGCGGCAAGGAUGGUUUGACUGUGGGUGGUGUGAACAGGCUUAGCUAAGUUGCAUUGCUUAUGUUUUGUUGUUGCAAGCAGAAAUGAGAGUUAUGGAUGUCAAAUGUGUUGAUAGACUGUAGACGCGUGUGUACAUCUGAAAUGACCACUCUUCUCUUGAAGUCAUGACAUUGAGAGGCGCCCGUGGCCCACAAUGCAUUGCUUGAUCACGUGCAAGUAUCAUGAGAUUUCGUUUUGGGUUCGUAAUCCAGGAUGGCGGCAUAAACAAACCAGACGGUAUUUUGGACGCUAAACAAGCGGGUGAACGCAAGCCAAGGCAAACAUUUUUAAUGUUAACCAAAAAAACGCACUAACCAGGGCGGAUGUUACCCGAGGUAGCAGCAUAUGUCACUUAAGGGCUUGAGGGGUUGACGUAAAGCACAAACGCAUUCCAGGUCAUCUUAUGGGGUAAAAACAUUGAAGGCGUGUGAAGAGUUAAGUGACGUUGGUGCAGCAGCGUGGGCGUUAUAGAAAGUGUGAAAUGAAAGGUGUUUGACGAGGGUUGCGUAACAUUUAGUUGAGCUGUUCUUUCACAGCUUUGUCCUCCUACACGCUGUGGCCUACUGAGGAAGAGCACGCUGGUGUCCUACCUGCAGCGGGCCCAGGAUGGAGCUGGUGGUGUACAUAAAGAACAGACGCAAAUAGCUGAGCACAUUGGCAAAGGCAAACAGUCCUUCGGCCACCAGGAUGGGAUGGAAGGCGUCCCAGUUCUUCCUCUCGGUGUCCCCCAUGUUCUUGAACUGCAAAGACGACAUUUAUUUGAAAAGAUGUGAGUUGAAUGGUGCAACCAUAAAUGUUCAUACAUUUAAAACAUAAUAAGGACCACAGCACGUGACGUCGCAGAAGCGCUGUCGGAAAAAUGAGCUAAAGGAGGAAGUGACGUAGUCCUUGCGAGUGCGCGGGGCCGAUUGCGUUCCGGGUACGUAUUGCGCAGUGACAAGGCCGAGUGAUGCGUGUGCCAGUACCUUGCUGUGGGCUACGAUCUUGAGGGCAAAGGUCGCCAGGUAAAGGGAAUUCAUCACGAAGCUCAGCUGGUUCCUGGACUCCUCCAGGAAGUCCUCCAGACCUUCGUACCACAGACGUUUCACGUCCGACCAAACCAUUCCUGCAGCACACACCAGAGUCAUGGGUUGGAAUAUGAUCUAUCUAUCUAUUUGUGGUGGGGGGGCAUAAUCAUAUUGGAUGAGAACACUCAUAGCACUUUAUUUAUUUAUUUAUUUGUAUUAUUUAUCUGUAUUAAUGUCUCUUCUGUUGUUGCUUAAUUUAUUGGUAUUUAUGUUUCUUAUGUUCUUAUUCAUUUUCUUGUGUUUUCUUUCUUUUCUUGGGAGAAUGAACAGAAUAAGAAUUUCAUUGCAUAGUAGAACUGUGCACAUGACAAUAAAACUCUUGAAUCUUGAGAAUUCAUUCUUGUGGAGCCAGGAGAGUCACUUGGCAACCAGAAGCAUCUCAUUCUGAAAUAUAUGGAAGUAGUGGUUUAGAAGACACACCUAUGAUCCAGAGGAUGAGCAGGUAAUCGAUCAUCUCCAGCGGGGGGCCCAUGGUGUUCUUCUUGCCCUCGUUGUAGACCAGCGAGUAGAGGUUGAGCAGCAGCAGGAAGGUGAAGUAGGAGGCGCUGUGGAUGAUGAACUUGACGAAGGGCGUGUGGAUGAUCUGGCCCACGCGCGAGCGCGGCACCAGCAGGUAGCACACCGACAGCAGCGGCCACAGCGCGGCCACGCUCAGCACCGUGGAGAUCUUCAGGCACGUGUGCUUGCGCCGGUAGCUGGCCGUCUCGCCGAACCACACCGUGUUGAGGAACUGCUGGCAGUUGGACUGGGCCACGAACUGAAAGGAGGAGGUCAGGGCUGUCCCAACACUUUCUACCAUUUGUUAUUCCUCAGCUUCACUUGACUGGAUGACAUAGAUGCAAUCAUGCAAGGCAGCUGAUGCAGUAUUGACUAUUCACGGGUUUAAGAGCAACACAAGCCUCGCUUUGGCAGGAAGGAGAUUGUGAGCAUCGGAGCGCCGCUAAGACUGCAGGAGGCGUGGCUUACCAGGGUCAAAUCCUCUCACACGAUGGGCUAAAUUUGGCUGCCGCUGACCUUCAUGUGCUCAUAAAAAUAUCACUGCUGAGUCAGCGCUUUCAUUCUAUCCAUAACGCAACAUAACGUUUGUUACUUGUCGAGAAGAAGGAAGGAUCUGACCCUACCUCCUACCCUUCUGCUCCAGCAGUCAUUUCUGUGCAAGAUAUCAAAUAUGACUUAGCACAUUGAGCACACGACUGACCUCCUUCUGGUUGUACUUGAUGGCCAGUUUGAGGCGGCUGAGGUUCAUGCGCUCCUCCAGGAGACCCCGCUUGUCUACGAGAUCCUCGCUGGACGUGUGGUUGAGGAUGACCUCCAGCUCCCUGGAGUUCCGAGCCUGAGCCAGCAGGUCCUUGGCGAACAUCUUGCACUGCUUUGCCAGCUCCUCGUAGUCGUUCCUGCACACGUGAGACCGCCGAGCGCCGUUUAGGACGCCUGCCAAGCUUGGACAACACGUGCAGAGAAACGCGCGGCGGCACCUGAACUCCACUUCCACUAGGCUCAGCUCCUUCAGGUCUGUGCUCAGCUCGAAGGCCCUGAGGAUGGGGUCCUCCUCCGUCAGCAUGAUGAGCGAGGGGCUGGCCAGGCAGCGGUAGAUGUCCAGGCGGAACCUAACAUGCAGGAGAAGAGGAGGUGAGGCCAGACCUUUGGAGCAUUGGGAAAUUCCCAAUUCCCCUGCAUGGGCCACUAAAUCACUCAUGAAGGCUCCAACCCUCCUAGCAACUCAUUCACAGAUGUUUUGCAACAUACCUGAGAUGACAAGAGCACCAAAACACUGGUGUCACACGGGGGACAAGACAGGUAGUGAUACUGUUGUACUAUAGGCGUACUUGUAUGCUAGCUUUGGAGUACUGAUACUUCACUUUAUACUGCAGUGCAGUGACUACAAGGCUCAUUUCAUAUAUAAAAUAUUAUAAAUAAUGUUUUUUAAUGUAAUUAUACAUUUUAUUUGUUUAUGUAUACAU